UCUCGCUCUCUCUCUCUCUCUCUCUCUCUUUGCUAUCCCUCACAUCACACUGACCAAAAUGGGUAGAACAACCAAGUGGUUGAAGACCUUGUUUGGGAUAAAGAAAGACAAAGAACAAAAGGAGAACUCAAAUUCCGGUGAGCAGAAUGACAAGAACCGCUGGAGUCUUGGCCACUCUGGGAAAGACUCCAGUGGUUCGGGUCAGAAUCCGGAAACCAUACCACCAAACAUCAUGGAGGCGAAAAAACUGCAGAGAAAGCAUGCAAUGGAGGUUGCUGCCGCCACCUCCGCCGCAGCAGAUGCAGCCAUUGCUGCCGCCAAGGCGGUGGUGGCUGCUGUUAGGCUCACUAGUAGUCACGGCAGAGCCACCAUGUUUGGAGGUGGUAGUCGUGAAAGAUGGGCUGCCCUCAAGAUU